AUGUCUUCUGUUACUGUCCCACGCUGCACUCCGUUCCAAAGAGAGGAAUGGGCCGCCUACGGACCGACUGUGGAGCAGCAAGUUGCCGGGGAAGGACGACGACUCCAGCCGACGCUCCGGUACAGCCUGGAGAAGCUGGACAUGGUGCAGAAGUACAAGGUGCAGUUGAAAGUGGAACAGGUCGGCGAAUACAAGUAAGUUCAUUUUGAAUUCAAUGAAAGAGUCUGUAACUACUAAAUUACAGGUACAAAUUCAACGAGAUGGUCAAGGAUGGUCAAGGUGGAGCACUGCUACUUGGAGCAGUCUGAUCUGCAGGCCGCGCAGAUCGUGGAGCAUCCGGACGGCUGGAAGACGGGAAUGGAGUGGCUGGGGGAGACUUGCGACUUCUCUGCGCUUUUCAUCACAAACAAGCCCAACUGCACCAAGAAGUUGCACGUUUUUGUGAACGCGCUCCGUAAGUACAUCGUGUCCGUUGUGAUAAUUUCUGAAAAUGGGACGUCGUAUACCUUCCAGUUUGAGAGUCAAUCAUUCGUGGUCGUCUCCAACUAUGUAAGUGUUUGAGUUUCCCUUCCACCAAAUCAUUCAUUCCAUUUCCAGAGCCAGCAGUUUAAGGCGAAGAAGGCAGAGUUGAAAGCGGCUAAGAGAGAGGAGAACCCGAGCAGAGCACAGAAGAAACCGUGGGAGAGGACUGCGGAGCCGUAGACAAAGCAAAGGAAGGUAUGUGCUGUUGAAAGUGAGCAUGUUCAGGUGCAACAAGAGCAGCAGGCUCCGUCGGAGAUGAGUUCUAAUGCUCCGUUUCAGAUGUACCCAUACGAACAGAAUCAUCCGGUAGAAGACAACGUUGAAUGGGUGCAGAUUGAGGAGGAUCAGGUGGUGCCCGAGGAUCAGGUGAUCUAUGAGUAUCCAGUGGAGCAGCAGGAACACUGGGAGGUGGUUCCGCAAGAGGUGGGUGAUCAUUUUCCGUUGCAGCAGUACCCAUCCGAGAACAAUGGUCCUCAUGGGCAACAAGUGCUCGUUCAAGAGCAGAUCGAAGAUGAGCAAUUUUUUAGAGAAUUCUUCUACAGCCCGGAGCACCAACAGUGGAACAACCAAGUGGAGAACGUGGAGAACGUGGUCCCACACCAGGUAAGCACUCAUGUCCCAUUGCAGAACAAUGAAUCCACGCGCAAUGCUGCUCAUAACCAGCAAGGAGCACCUGUUCAAGGACAGCAUGCUCCCAGGUAUGAGCAGGUAAAUAAUAAUGUCCCAUUGCAGAACUAUCAAGGAGGAAACUACGGGAUGCAGCCAGCGGCGGCUGUUCCGGGAGCGAAUAGACAAUUGACUCAGGCAGGCAAUGAAUGA